UGUGUGUGUUAACAGUUUGAUUUUGUUUACCUAUAAAUUAGCGGUAGGAGGGCAGGGCAGCUGUUGCAACGGGACUUCACCAUCUCAUCUUGCAGACCCGCACGGCCUCGAUCUCUUCUCCGAUCUCGCGGUGUGUUUGUCCGGUGCAGCUGCGGUUUGGUUUACCAGGUGUAUUCGGUGGAGCUGGAUGCAAAGAUGUCUGUGAAUGGAUCUCUGGUCAAUGGAAAAUCUGUGGAGCAUUUGGAUGUGAAUGCUUUCGAUCCGACGGCUCUGGUAGCGGAGCCGGUGCCUCCGGUGGUACUGCGGAAGGAUGGGGAUGGGGAGAAGAGGAGGGAGAUAGUUUUAGGGAGGAACGUGCACACCACGUGCUUGGAGGUGACGGAACCCGACGCCGACGACGAGUCAACCGGCGAUAAGGAGGCGUACAUGGCUGGUGUACUUGCGAGAUACCGCAAAACACUCAUUGAGCGGACCAAGCAUCAUUUAGGAUAUCCAUACAAUCUGGACUUUGAAUAUGGUGCUCUUUCUCAAUUGCAACAUUUUUCGAUUAACAACCUUGGUGAUCCAUUUAUUGAAAGUAACUAUGGUGUCCACUCGAGGCAGUUUGAAGUGGGUGUUUUGGAUUGGUUUGCUCGCUUGUGGGAAAUUGAGAAAAAUGAGUACUGGGGAUACAUCACAAACUGUGGCACUGAGGGAAAUCUUCAUGGAAUACUUGUUGGGAGAGAAGUUUUUCCCGAUGGAAUUUUAUAUGCUUCGAAGGAGUCUCACUAUUCGGUAUUUAAAGCAGCCCGAAUGUACCGAAUGGAGUGUGAAAAAGUUGCAACCUUGAUCACUGGCGAAAUCGAUUGCUCUGAUUUUAAAGCCAAGCUUCUUUGCAACAAAGAUAAACCGGCAAUCCUCAAUGUCAACAUUGGAACUACUGUUAAGGGUGCCGUCGAUGAUCUUGAUCUUGUCAUACAAACCUUGGAAGAAUGCGGAUUUUCGCACGAUAGAUUCUACAUUCAUUGUGAUGGAGCUCUCUUUGGACUCAUGAUGCCAUUUGUUAAAAAGGCACCCAAAGUUACAUUCAAGAAGCCCAUUGGAAGCGUCAGCGUCUCGGGCCACAAGUUCGUGGGAUGCCCGAUGCCCUGUGGCGUUCAAAUAACAAGGCUACAGAACAUAAAUGCGCUAUCGAGGAACGUAGAGUAUCUCGCCUCAAGAGACGCCACGAUCAUGGGAAGUCGAAACGGCCAUGCCCCGCUCUUCCUCUGGUACACUCUGAACCGAAAAGGCUACAAAGGGUUCCAAAAAGAGGUCCAAAAAUGCUUGAGAAACGCUCACUACUUGAAAGAUCGACUCCAACAAGCCGGGAUCAGUGCCAUGCUCAAUGAGCUUAGCAGUACUGUCGUGUUCGAGCGCCCCCGCAACGAAGAUUUCAUUCGCCGUUGGCAGCUAGCUUGCGAGGGAAACAUGGCGCACGUCGUCGUGAUGCCUAACGUCACAGUAGACAAGCUUGACGACUUCUUGAAUGAAAUAGUCGCAGCUCGAUCGAUCUGGUACAAAGAUGGCGCCGUUAAAGCCCCUUGUCUUGCAGAAGACGUUGGCCCCGGCAACUGCCGCUGCCCUUUUCACCAGUAAUGCUGGCGAUGUUGAUCGGUUUAUCGCCUACUACUAUCAUGUAUUGUAUCGAAAUACGUAUGCGUGUUAGAUUUUGUGUCAUGAAAGUUCGAUUAGUGGCAAAUUGUUCGUCUUUAUUCACUCA